ACUAGUGACAGCAAAUUGACAUUGUUGUUGAAAUAGAAUUUGGUUUUCUUGAAUGUUUCCCUUUGAUUUAUUUUGUAUAAAAAAAUAAAACAGAUAACCCAAUAGAUAUAGGACAGCAUGGCAGAUAAAAAGAAGAAAAUAUUCACUUCGAAGGAGUCUGCAACUCCAAGGAGACCAGUCAUUUUGAAAUCAGAUCGUGAAACGGUUAAAGAUCAGACCAAAGAGAAGCCGGAAAAAGAGAAGCAGCCCACUAUUAUACUGAAGACUAGAGAACAGAGUGCACCCAAAGAGGAACGACCUCAGAGUCCAAGGACUAUUAAAAAUUCUACAUCUGACGAUUGCCCACAUCCAUGUAAAAUUGCUCAAAAUGAAAACAAAGAGAAGAAAAAUAUAGAACAAAAGCCGAGUCCUCCCCUGAAGUUUAUGUCUGAACCCGUGAAGCUUCUGGAUGAGAACCUGGAACUUAACACCAGUGCAUUGGAGUUCCUACAUGACUCCAGCACUAAUUAUUUAGUCGUUGGCAUUAUAGGCACUCAAGGUGUUGGCAAGUCCAUGAUAAUGAACCUGAUUGCCACCAAUGUUCAUGAUCAGAAUCUCUGCACACAAAUAUUGAAUUCUCAUGAAAUACCGGCAGACAGUCCAUUUGAUAGCAAUGAUGUCGCUCCACUAGAGAAUCAGUUAGAAGCUCUGGAUUUCGCUGGAGUACCUGAGGCAAGACAGGACAAAAGUGAUAAUCUAUUCAAAUUCAAAAUGCAAGAUAUUGAACAGAUUGAGAGAGGUGUACAUUGCACUAAAGGUGUUGACAUGUACAUAACAAAUGACAGAGUCAUCCUCCUUGACUGCCAAGCUCUGUGGUCACCCUCAUUGAUUGAAGAGUCCAACACGACAAUAACAGCCAGAAGUGCCAAUGUGGUCACCGUAGACUGUCUGCAAAUAGCGUCCUAUCUGAUGGCUAUAUGUCAUGUCCUCAUUGCUGUGCAGGACUGGUUUACUGACUAUAAUUUUUUGAGAUACAUUCAGGCAGCUGAAAUGCUAAAGCCCUCCCUAUCAGCUUCGAACACGGUUCCCGCCAACCAAGAAGGUUCGGAAUCGACUGGAGGUGGAGAAAGUCAUCCACACUUACUGCUGCUACAUAACCGCUGUCAGCUUGAAGACUACCUUCCUGAAUCUUUGAAUGUCAUGCAAGAGCUUUACAGAAAAGCAUUUCAAAAAUCGAAUCUGCAACUCAACUCUGGAAUGUACAUGUACAGCGACACGAACAAGAAUGGCUUGAAUGUGGACAGUGUUUGCAACGGUUACAGCAUAGACAAGUGUGGAACGCCUAUCAACCUCUUUCUACUGCCGGAAAUAUACAGCGACUUUGAUAAUCGGGAUAUAUACCGCGGUCAUCCAGGUUUCGAGCAACUUGCAAAACGCCUACGUUGGAUGAUCCUAGGAGUCAACAGACAUCAAAUCACUAAUGUACCAAACCUCUCAGAAAAAGGGUGGUUCCACUACUGCAGCAAAGCUUGGGAAACAAUAAGAAAGUGCACUUUCUUCAUGGAAUACGAAAGAUUCUUACCGUGAACACUACGGACCUAACGUAAGAGGAUUAUUUCCAUAUCAGGGCUGAUACCACGCAGGUGUCGCGCAGCUGUUAUGAUAACGAAUCGAAAAACAAUUAUCGUUUUAAAUAUUUAAUUCCAAACAGCUGAAUAAAAUAAUUUAAUGUACAUUCUGUUAUUGGUUAUUGGACCCAAUAAACGUUAAUCAUAAGGUG